GCUUAUCGUAUCCUAUACACAGAUCGACCAAAUCUGGAACUGUCGUUUUGGGACACCAGUAUUGUGGAUAUGGAUUCCAAUAGAACACCCUCCUUGGCCUCGCAGUUAACCAGCAUGUACGUCACGAGUGACCGACAUAGACCUACCCAUCUGUACAUACUUUCGCAUCUGACCGUACACGCAACCUACUUCAUCCGUGUCAGUGCAGUAAAUGGGAAAGGGGAGGGACCACCUUCCGAGCCCGUGGCUGUGAUCGUUCGUCCCGGACUCUUGCCAGCUCCCAGUAACUUAACUGCAGCAGCAACAUCAUCCACCGAGAUUGAACUCAAAUGGAAGCCACCGGACAAUUUGGAACAAAACUCCAGAUUGUUACAGCACUACCAAAUUCAAUACGCUCCCAUGUCUACCGGUGCAGCCACCGCCACAACCGCAAUGAACAGCAGUUUGCUGCAUUGGACAGCGUCACUGGAAUCGCUCACUUCCGAGAGCGUAAAUACUAAAAGCAUCGGGGCACAUCUUAACACUAUUGUGAUAUCUGGCCUCAAACCGGAUCAGUUGUACAUUAUAGCAAUUGCCACAGUAUCACAAGCCGGCCCUGGAGUCAGAAAUGCGGUUUUCUGUCGGACCAAAAAGUUCGUACCACCACUACCUGCGAACCUGACUGUGCAAGCGGUGGGUCCAACAGAACUCUCUGUUCAGUGGCACUCGUCUGUCCCCGACAACUCAGACCGAACGACAGCAGAUAUAUCUGGACGAAUAGCGUACUUCGAACUUACUUGGCGCCCUUCAAAUAAAGAUACACUUAAGGCAGCCUGCUCAACUUGCCUAAGAGACUACAGAUUGCCCAUUGGAAAGGCGGCCAAGGAGGCUGGAUUCGGUCAGAACAGCACCGCAUAUCAUCCGAUUGGACCACCCCUUCGAGUGCAGUGUCUGAGAACCACGGAUCUGAGUCACAGCCAAUCAGCCGGCGUUUGGUUCCCGCCCAAAUCGAUUCCACAACCUCCGGUUGGUACAAAGCCAGUAUUGGGACAUUACAACCGUCCACAUUUUACGUCAUCCACGUACGAGCUGUGGCCGCCUCAGGGUCCGGAGAUCGGGCAAUUUCUACUCCAGUGCAAACCUGGGAUCCACGUGAGUUCUUUGUAG